CCCAAAGAGUAAAAAAAAAGUUAGAACCAAAAUUCACAUCCACAUUUUCUUAAGAUCUUAGCAAUGGCUGAAGUUCAAUUGUUGGGUGUAAGAGCAAGCCCAUUUGUUCAAAGAGUUGAAUAUGCUCUAAAACUAAAGGGUAUUGAGUACACCUUCAUUGAAGAAAAUCUAAUGAACAAAAGUGAACUUCUUCUUAAGUACAAUCCUAUUCAUAAGAAGGUGCCUGUUUUUGUUCACAAUGGAAAACCAUUAUCUGAGUCACUUGUGAUUAUUGAAUACAUUGAUGAAACUUGGGAUAAUUAUCCCAUUCUUCCUCAACAAGCUUAUGAGAAAGCCUUGGCUAGAUUUUGGUCUAAUUUCAUUGAUGACAAGAUCUUGGGGGCGAUAUCAAAGGCAGCAUGGACAGUGAACAAAGAGGAACGAGAGAAAGGCACUGAAGAAGCGUUGCAGGCUCUACAAUUUCUUGAGAAUGAACUCAAGAACAAAUUCUUUGGUGGUGAAAACAUUGGCAUUGUGGACAUUGCUGCUUCCUACAUAGCUUUCUGGCUUCCUAUCCUUGAAGAAGCUGUUGGAUUGAAGUUCCUUGGUGGUGACAAAUUUCCUAAGCUCCAUAAAUGGAGUCAAGAGUUCAUCAAUCAUCCUAUUGUGAAAGAGAUUCUUCCUCCUAAGGAGGGACUAUUAGGGUUUUUCAAAUCUCGAUAUGCUGCGGUUAGUGCUGCAAAAUAGAUCAAUGAGUAGUAAACAAAACUAGAUGCAUCGCGCACGGUGCGCGCGUCGUAGAGCUGAGUUUGGGUUUAGAGCGAGAAAUAAGUUAGUUUUAGACUAAUCUUAGAGAUAAGAGAAGUUGAAACUAAAUCAUUUUAAUUUGCAUGUUAUUAUUUGAGUAGUAUCUUGAGUUUUAUUUGCAAUGUUAUUUCUGUUUCGUCAA